CGCUGAAGCCAUGGCUGAACCGCAGGAGCAGCUGCUGCAGCUGCAGAAGGACAACCGUGAUGGCCGCCUGCGGAAGCAGGAGCUGGAGGAGCUGGUGCGUGGGCUGGAGGCCGAGAGCGAGAGCCUCACCGCGCGCCUGGACGAGCUGCGGGAGCGCGAGCGCAGCCUGCAGCGGAGACGAAGCCAAGCGUCGCGAGCGAUUGGAGGGGAGGCGCGCGAGGCGGCACGGGAGCACGCGGAGCGGGCUCGUGGGCUGCUGGAGGCCGCCGAGCAGCACCGGCUGGAACUAGAGCAACAAAAUCGGAAGCUGCAGGAACAGUGGGAGGAGCUGUCCAGCCAGCUUUUCUACUACGGAGGGGAACAGCGGAGCCAACAGCGGGCGGAGCAGCAGCUCGGGACUCAGCUGGCGGCGCUGCAGAAACAUCUGGAGCUGGCGGAGGCCAAAUUCACCAUGCAGGCAGAGGACCUGCGACAGGGCGCUCAGCGGACGGAAGAGGCGUGGGCCAGUUUCCAGGAGCAGAGUGGCGUUCUGCAGGAGCUGCAGGGCAAGGUGAUGGAGGCAGCGGCUGCUCUGGAGGCUACGCGUGGUGGCUCGGAACCGUGGGACUCGCAGCCUCGUCGGGUGCAGGACUGCGCGGGCUCACUCAUGGAGGAGGUGGCCAGGGCUGACUGCGAAAAGCGGCUGUUUGGCGGUGCGGGCUCGGGGAGCCUCAGGCUGUGGGCGCUGAGCGCGCUACAGACGCUGCUGCUGCUUCCGCUGGGUUUCCUGGUGCUGCCUCUGCUCUACGUGGCGCUGGCGAAGCCCGAAGCCAUCGGCCCGGGACUCCCGAGCCUCGGCUCGGACGCGGUCUUCCGCAGGCUGCGCUACACGCUGUCGCCUUUGCUUGAGCUGCGCGCGCGCGGACUGCUGCCUGCCUAGAGCGCAUCAUGCCGGCUUCGGCCGCCUUCAUCUCUGUCUCUUUUGUGGUUUCUGGGGUGCCUGCCUGUAUGAAAUGGACGAGGGUGGAGUUCGUGUGCUCCUACGGGCCCAGCAAGCCCCUUGUCACCUGGACAGAGGCGGUGCCUGUUAGUGGCGGACUGCUCGUUCCCAGGCUGUCCUUUCUCACAGUUCUCACCGCUGAGCGCCAGCCCUGCCUUUGGGCAGGAUGGGUGCUGUCCUGUCAGGUGCCCUCCGUGGCGUGGAUUAUUUUCCCCGGAUGUGCAGUUAUUCUAGAUCCCCCUCACCGUUGAGGUUCCCUCUGGGCUGGUUCAAGUUCCCCAUUCCCAAACUCGCCCACAGCAUCUGAACACACUGGAUAGCUUCUGCUUGCCACUGUGGGCUUCAGGGGAAACGUGCUUGUAUAUGAGGAAUGCCCUGCUGAGUGGAAAUGAAUCUGGGCUGAAUUUUGAUCCAGCACAUUAGUUCUAGACUAAUUUAUUUGGAGCUGGGAGUCUCAUCCCAGCUUUGAACUCACAAUGUAGCAGAGGGAACUUGAACUACUGAUCUUCCUACCUGAGUGGAUUAGGGGCAUGAGCCUACCAGGUGUGGUUUAUUCUGUCAGGGGACUGAGCUCAGCGCUGUGGAUGCUGAGCCAUUAUAACCCUGGUAUUUAAAUAAUUGCAGCUUUUCUGUUAAGCUCACUGCAGACUGCCUUAGCAGCCUGACAAGGUAAAGCUGAACUUGGAGAAAACAACCUGAUGUCAUUAAGGUUUUGUAGCAUGCAAGUGGCCUCUACCUCCAGUGGGAAGGUAGAGACAGGUGGGAAUCGGUGAGCUCCAGCCAAGGGGGAGACUACCUCAGGAAACUAGGUGGGCUGGACAAGGCAUUUGCUGCUCUUAAAGAGGACCUCAGUUCAUUUUCCAGUAUUCACACAAGACAACAUCCUGUCACUCUUGGUUCAGGGGAUCUGAUGUGCUCCCCUGGGCCCCGGUACGGUCACUGUCUUGGGGUUCUAUUGCUGUGAGGAGACACCAUGACCACAGCAGCUUUUAUAAAGGAAAGCAUUUACCUGGGUCUGGUUCUUACAGUUUCAGAGCUUUGGUCCACUGUCAUCGUGGUGGGAGCAUGGCGGCGUGCAGGCAGACAUGGUGCUGGGGGAGCCGCGAGCUCUCUACCUUGAUCCGCAGGCAGCCGGGGACCACGUGCCACACUGUGCUUAGCUUGAGCCCGUGAGACCUCAAAGCCUGUUCCCACACCGACACUUCCUAUGGGCCUAGCAUUCAGACAUGAAUCUAUGGUGGCCAGACCUAGUCAAACCACCACGGUCAUGGCGCA